AAGAUGGCAGACGUGCAGCCGCCACCCCUCCGGAGCCUGGAUGAUUUUGUGCUGAGCUCGGCCCGGUUCGCCGUGCCCGACGUGCGCGACCUGGACCGCUGGAACAACCGCAUCAUCAACAACCUGCUGUACUACCAGAGCAACUACCUUGUGUGUGCGCUGGGCUUCCUGCUCGUAGUGGGGUAUUUCCAGCCCUUCCAGCUGUUUGUCGGGGCGAUGGUGGUCACCUUGUUGUUCCUGGGGUUUGUCUGGGCUGCCGAGAACCAAGCCCCCAUUCGCCGUUUCCGUAGAAACCAUCCAUCAAUUGCUGUGUUGGCCAUUCUUUUGGCCAGUUACCUCUUCAUGUCGGUGCUGGGGGGCGUGGCCGUGUUCCUGUUUGGGAUAGCCUUCCCUAUACUGAUGGUUCUGGUCCAUGCCUCGGUGAGGCUGCGUAGCCUGAAGAACAAGCUGGAGAACAAACUAGAGAGCAUCGGUCUGAAGAGGACACCCAUGGGACUCCUGCUGGAGGCUCUGGGACAGGAGCAGGAGGCCGGGUCCUAGGCAGGAAGAGGAGCACUGCAAAGAGCUGCCAUUAUCUCACCCCACUGGAAGAGAAACCGUGUUCCAGCGACUUGUUAGGAUGGACACAUUUAAGAGAGCAGAUGGUGAUUCAGCACAGGCAGGACCAGAAUCACCACGCUUGAAGUCACUUGACCUGCAUUAACUUCAGAUGAAUUCCCUUUUCUUUUAGUGUUUACAUUAUUUUGUGCUGCCUUGAAAAGUGACUUAGAUGCUCACAUGGGGUGAAGUUUGAAGGAAACAGGAGGUUUUAGGGGUUCAGAGCAAAUCUAAUCAGCUCUGUCAGUCUCAGACUUACGCUGUUGAGCGUAAUAGUGUUACAGGACCGACAGGAGCAGAAGUGAUAUGAAGGAAACAUCCCCUGCUUUAAAGUAGUUAUUGAAGUAACCGCAGGUCUCAGCCUGUACAGCCCUCCACUGCUGGUCAGUGGGACUUGCCCAGUCGCCCAGUGCUGGCAACUGGGACAAGCUCUACUGGAGCAAAUGAAUAACUUUGAAUUUACCCUUAACUCCUCUCAUACAUAAAUCCUUGUUACCAUGAAUAAACACUAACCAGUGAAGUUUGUUGUUCAGUGCCAACGCUUGUGGUGACAGUAGUUUGCAAUUUUCUCCCUGUAAUUAGUUUUUAGCCAUUCUAGCAGUGUGGCUAUAGUGACAGCAUUGUUGGCCGGACGUAUUCCUCUUUAGUCCAGGCUGAGAAGUCUCUACAAUGUUUAGAUUGCUGCCUAGAAAAGAUGCUUGCUGACUUUAGUGAUCACCUGACCCAGCUGAACUGCAUUGGUAGAACGAUCUUUUCCACAGAAAUUCAAGUUGAUAAAAUAUUGUGGUUUGCUUUGGAGCAGAAGUCCUGUCGUCAGGUCUGGGUUAGCCUGUUUUCCACUUCUGUCACUGUGCAGUCUGCACAGGAGGUUGUUUCUGAAAACUGCCAUGCCAUUAGAAGAUGAAGUCAUGACAAAUGUGUUAGCAUAUUGAAAAAAAAACUGCUUCCAUGAACAUUUACCAGGGUAGCCGUGUGGGUACUAAUGUCAUUGUAGCUGUUAUUACAGACAAUUGUGAACUAGCCACUGAGACUGAACUCACUAUGAACUGGCCGCUUGUGUCAAACGGAUAUUUAACCCGUGACAGUUGGAGGAUUUUAUGGGACAUGAAACAGAAAUAUUGACAGUGUUAAGGAUUUAUGGGGAAUGGAGUAUAAUAUUCCUACCUAUGUUUUUGUUAAUGUAUGAUCACCUGAAAGUAAGACUCAUGUUCUCGUUACCUUAGAGUGAGCUCUUUAUAUCUACACAACCUGUUCUCACUGCAAACUUUUCACAUAUGGACGCCUGGUCAGGAGCACUUGGCAUCAUUUUUUAAGACACUGGAUGCCUCUUUAGUGUCAUGUUUCAAUGUGCAGGGUAGUCUGAUGGACUCCUACAGACAACCCGUCCUCACUCCCAGUGUAAUUUCAGUAACAUAACUUAAUAUACAUAACUAGCAUACUUAUUUUAAACUAAACCAAGACCUUUUCUAAAACCGAACCAAGUGCAACCAUUUCUCAUCGUUAACCAUGUGUUUAUUAUAGUUCUCAGGAAGCUUUAUUUUGAAAGUGUAAUUGGGUGUUGUGUAGUUAUUAUUGCUUUCUUGACCGCAGAGCCCCGCAUUUCUGAAAAAUAAUGCUAAAGGGAUACACUCUGCCUUAAAAACAUUUAUGCCAAGGGAUGCUGAUCAAGUGUCCAUGUGUGACGAGUUGGGAGUGAAAAUGUGUUGACAUACAGAGAAAGCGGGUCCUCCUCGUCCACCAUGUUGCACCGCCAUGUUUCUACAGUAGCCCAGAACAGACAAACCAAACACUGGCUAUGAAGACAGCCUUUCACAUUUUAGCAGCCAGCAUAGGGGAAGGUGAGUCGAGGAGUAUUCAGUUGGUUUUCUGCAACUUCACUGCUAAAUGCCACUAAAUACUACCCACUGGACCUAUAAAAGACCUUUUCUUUUUUAAAUCACUACCCUUAUUUAGAUAUAUGGAGUGACCCAUAUGACAUAUUUUGAAGAAAGUUUUCUUACAUCUGGAAGUGGAAGAACCAAAAAGUUCCAGUUUCACUUCAGCUUGGCACAUCUGUAAAACUCACAAUAGCCGUGUUUCCAUCUGUGUAUUUUUAUGCACAUUGUGAAGUAUCACAUUAGAAAAAGUAGGAAAAAUCCAAAAUUUCAGGAAAAAGUUUUUACGCUUGCUGCCUGUGUAACGUAGCCUGUACCGCUAGUAUCUGAUGAAACUGCGCUUUGCAUAGCCUGGUGUAUUCGCUCCAAGCCAGUAGAAAUGUGCAUAAUUCAAGACGUGUAGUCUUAUUUGAUCAUUAUUAUUUACUACAACAGAGAGUGUUUGAAAAGUCUACAAUCACGGUAACCAAACCAUACAGUGUAGUAAAAACAGGAUUCACACCCUCACAUCCAUUCCAUAAACCACAACACAUUAGACCACUUUAGUGUUCACUUAAAACUAGUUGUCAUCAUUGUAAAUACAGUACAUGGUUGGUCCCUUGCUUUGUGGACAGGUGUAGGACAUGUGUGGGACAGAAAAUGAAAAAGACACUCCUGUGUUUGUGUGAGCUAAGCAUGUAGAAAACAGUGCCAUGAAGGAAGGGCUUUUCAGCAGUUUUAUAGCAAACAAUUUUGUAUAAGAGAAGCUGAGUGCAGGUAUUUGACAAACUGAAAGCUAUUUUAUUGUAUACUAGCUGCCUGUUGUGGGGACUCUGCAUUGCAUUGCUUUGUUGAAAUCUAACACUAUGACGACAUGAGACCUGUUCUAAACAUGUGUAGGUGGUAGUCUAACUCUGCAUCCUGUAUUGAAGGAACUGGCUUUCCUCCUGUAUUAUUUUCUUUCCCUGGAUGAUUUCUCAGACAGAUUCUUCCUGGUUUCUUCCACUAUUACACGUAUUUCUGUCCAAGGUGUUUAUUAAGAUGCAGAGGAUGCCAGGGUUUUUUUUAUAUGUGGGUUUUUGAUUAUGAAUCAUGUUGUUGACUGUUGAAGACUAUGUUAGCAUAAUUUGUUAUGGUGUACGUGCCAUUUUAGUGAUGAUAUUUGCCUUGAUGAUAGUGAUGAUAUGGGACUUGAACAUGUGGUCCUGCAUCACUGGACAUGAAGUCAGGAAAACACUAAAAUCUGAGAAGAACAAAGUGCUUUUUGGUUUGUCUUGUAGCUCUUUACUGUACUUUAGCUCUCUUUACUGUAUUACAAGAAUGUAAACAGAGAGCAUGACAGUGCAUAUUUAACUAUUUUACAGGUCUCAGUGCUGCCUUCCAUUCAGCUAAAUGUUUGAAUUAUGAUUCACCAACACAAUAUCUUUUACUAUUUUGCCAAAAGCUGGUAAUUACAUUUAUUUAUAAUGUUUUUUCUAAAUAAAAAAAGAAU